GAUCACAUACUGGUGUUGAGUGAGGGAAGGGUUGUUGAGUCGGGCGGUUAUGACGAGUUGGCUGAGAGGGGAGUGCUUUCCGACCACGAGUUCAAUGAGUCGGACAAUCAGUCCAAAGGAAGUGGGCAUCAGAUGUCAAGACAGACCUCUCGAGUCAGUGAAAGUGAAUCCGCGGCACAGGUAUUGAGACAAAUUUCAAUGACUCGAGAAAAUGAGCAAAAGGUAACCGAAAGUGAAGUCAAAAAUAGUCAACUCAUUGAUAAAGAGACAGAAAAUUUCGGAUCCAUUAAAAUGAGUGUAUAUUUGGAUUAUUUGCGACGAAUUCCCCUAAUCUACACAUUAAUCCCACUCAUGAGUGCCUUUCUAUUCAACGCGUGCGAAGUCGGGGCCAACUUCUGGCUCAACAUCUGGACGACACACAACUCAACACAAGUGGACAACAAUUUCUACUUAAGUGUCUAUCUGUCGGCCAUUGUAUCGGAAGCCAUGUUUGUCCUCAUCUUUUUCAUGGUGCAGAGGACGGGCGCCGUAAUCGCCGCCGGAGUGCUCCACAAAGACAUGUUGUCUUGUAUUCUGCGAACCCCUCUGUCCUUCUUCGAUGUCACCCCUUCCGGACGAAUCAUAAACCGAUUUAAUCGCGACGUCGAGCAGAUAGACACACGAAUACCCUGGUGUUUGAGUGAAGUCCUGUUUCAAGCCAUUAAAUUCUUGUAUAUCGUGGCACUCGUUAUAUACAUGAACGCCUAUAUGACUGUCCUUAUACUGAUUAUCGUCAUUAGAAUCUAUUUGUGGACUUCGAGGCAAUUAAAUCGCUUAAACUCCAUCACUCGGUCACCGAUUUAUAGUCACUUCAAUGAAAGCAUUUCCGGUGCCGUCUCUAUCCGUGUCUACAAAGUGCACCAAUUGUUUACCGAAAAGUUACACAAUUAUAUCGAUGUCAACGUUAAUAUCCAAAAACAUCUCUCCACUACAGAGAUAUGGCUUAAUAUCUGGACCACAAUUAUAGGGCUAUUAGUCUCAUUCUCCACCUCAUUGUAUGUGGUGUUAGAGAGGGAUAACAUAAGCCCUGGAUUUGCCGGUUUUGUGCUCAUCUACUCAGUGAAUGUGAUCGGAAACAUUUCAUGGGCUCUACGAAUGGUCGGUACCCUCGAGACGGAAAUGGUUUGCUUGGAGAGAGUUAGAGAGUACUCGCAAUUGGAUCCGGAAUAUAGUUGGGAAUCAACGGAUGCUAACAAACCCUCUGAUCUUUGGCCCCGAAGUGCUUCCAUAGAGUUCAUCGAUUAUAGCGCUUCCUAUAGACGAGGACUCGAACCGGUGCUCAAGAACUUGAACUUCAGGGUAGAGUCGGGAGAAAAGGUGGGAAUAGUCGGCCGGACGGGCGCCGGGAAGUCGUCGAUGACUUUGGCGUUGUUUAGGAUAAUAGAGCCGACAUUCGGACAG